UUCCUUUAAGGUAUGGAUCGGAAUGUUCACAGUGUGUGACGUAAAGCACGUACCUUUGUUUGUGUGUCAAAAACAAGCUCACUAGUUGUUUAAACAGUAAACAGAGAGUUCACUACCCCCCCUUCAACAUUCAUUAGCAUUGCAGACAUAUGCAUAAAGCAGGCCUAAAAAUGCUAGGUUGGAGGAUCAUUCGAUUCAAUACACAUUUUUAUGAAGGCUACAGUGUGUUUACUGCCCCUCCCACUGGAGUUCCCCACUAACUACAUUACGUAUAUAAAUUAUGUGCCACACCCCCUACUUAAUUCACACUAGAUUUCUGACACAACUGCACAUAUAAUACACGGAGACGACGCUGGAAUAAUCAUUUUUAAAGAAGAAUAACUCAAAUGAAGAAACAUUAAGUUACGUAUCAACAGAUGGGGGGAAAACAUGACGCAACACUCCGCUUACAUAAGUUCAUGCUAUCAAUACAUUCAAACCGCUUGCUGUGAACAUUUUUUAACAUCCUUCAUAACACACAAUGCCUAAAACAGACGGUAACCACAUCAUUAAGGGAGAAUGCUGAAGUUGCGAUUGUGCUUGAAAUGAUGCUGUUGUCAAUAAACAAGGGAAGUUACAAUUCCAGGAAGAAAACUGGCAUCAUUACUUGGCUUCAAACGUAGUUAGAGAUGUUCUACUACUGGGGGACUCGUAAUGGUGAGGGAGUUGAUGAUGUGACCGAGGAGAAGACAACACACGAUCAUUCUGUGAUAAAGAUCUCGUGUCCAAAGUCAACUAUCCAAGAUAAACCAAUAGGAAGAUGUCUCGGAUUCAUCGGCGAAAAUGGACACGUCUCGGUCCUUCAGUAUGGCGAUGGACAGGGAAAUGAUGCUGUAAUGCAAAACUUUAACCUAAAGAAAGACCAUAUUAAACUGAUGAAGAGUGGAACGGCUGGUGCGGUCCUGCGCAAAUCUGACGGAGAGAUUCUUUUUAUGGAGACAUGGAAUUCCUGCAGGCUCUUCAAAGUUCUCUGUGACAGACAGGUUACACAGGUGGCAUGUGGAAACCAACAUUGCAUUGCAAUUAUCCGCGACGGUCAGUUGUUGGUGUGGGGGGCAAACAGCCAUGGUCAGCUGGGUUUAGAGAAAUCCUCUCUCUUGGAGAAGGAAGAAUGCCGCAUCCAGUCCCCACAACCGCUCAAAUCUCUGUAUGGUAUUCCAGUAGUUCAGAUCAGUGCUGGAGGAGACCACAGUUUUGCUCUAUCUCUCUCUGGAGCAGUGUUCGGCUGGGGGAAGAACAACGCUGGACAGCUCGGCCUGGGGAACACGACUAGUAGACACACUCCGACUUGUGUCAAGAGUUUGAAUAUGAAGAAAACAAUCUUUAUCUCAUGUGGGGAAGAGCAUACUGCUAUUCUGACAAAGGGUGGAUAUGUGUUCACAUUCGGAUCAGGCAGUUGUGGGCAGCUUGGACACGGUUCACUAAGGAACGAGCAUCACCCUCGGCUGGUUGCUGAACUCAUGGGAGCAAAGGUGUCUCAGAUUGCCUGUGGAGGGCAUCACACUCUAGCAUUGUCAGAGUCAUUCAAUAUGAUCUACUCAUUUGGAUGUGGAAAGCAAGGACAACUGGGGAAUGGAACAAUGGUUAACCAAGCUGUGCCUUUACCUGUACAUCUGCCACCAGACCACAGCCCUGCUUUAAAAGUGAAGAGAGUUCUAGCUGCUGGAAACACUUCAAUUGCUCAAGUCUGUCAGAACCAUGAAACAAGUGUGAUAUCGCAUGUAUGUACAACAAUAGAUGACCAAAUGAUUGACAGGUGGCUGAAAGAAUAUGACACAAAUGCAUGCAGACAGACCAAAAGGGAAAUCAGAAGGAUAUUUUCCUCGCCAUCAUGUGUAAAUGGGAGUUUUAUUGAUGAAAGUCGUGACAAACAUUUUCUGACGUCAGUGGAAUAUUCUGGUCUGGAUCUUUCCUUAGCUCGUCUUGCUUUUGAGAAGAUUGCUACAAAGACUAAAGUCCUAUUAGAGGUACAGCACACUGUGGAGAGAGAACUGCUUCAAGCUCUGAGCGUCUGUCGGGCCGAAGUAGAAGCUCUCCGAGUUUAUCUUAUUCUGCCUGAACUCAUCCGAGUCCUACAGGAAGGACAUCAAAAAACGCAGCUGGCUGUAUAUUUGGCUGAUGCCAUUGAAAAACUGGGUCCAUGUGAUGCACUGGAAAAACUCUGGACUAGAAUGCCAUUUUCAUACUUCAGAACGCUUGUAAAAAUCUUCCAUUCGGAAUCAACGAGACUCGUAACACAAAUGACAACACAACCUUGUGACCACUGGGAAUCAUUGACCACCAUGCUUUCUGUUUUGAAGCGGUUAUUUUUGGUUAACAGGCGAAGAAAAUGUGCACUAAUGGAAAGUCAGUUUUGCAUCACUGAAGUUGCCGACCUGCUUGGGAAUAGUAAUAUUGAAAAGUUGGUCCCUUACAGUUUUGUGGCUGAUACUGAAACUAAAAAGAACAUUUUUAUUAAUAAACUCCAACAGGAAAAUGCAGUCUCUGUCCCUGUGAACAAGCUGAACGUAAAGAGAAAAUCAUUGGUGGAGUUUAUAGGGGAGAAUGGGGUAGAUUUUCGGGGCUUGUCUGCUGAGUUCCUCUCCCUCCUUUCAGAGGCUUUUAUCACAUGGCAGAAAAAGCCGCUGCAAGUCUUUGAGGACUCACAGCUGGUUUGGUUCAAUCCUAAUAUUGCUGAUAUCACUGAUUUUUACUAUCUUGGGCUUGUCUGUGGAAUGGCACUUUACAACUGUCAUUUCACAAACAUCAAUUUCCCCCUGGCAUUGUUCAAAAAGCUGCUCUGCCUGAGUCCCAAUCUGCACGAUUUAGAGGAACUGACGCCAGUGGAGGCUAGAAGUUUGAAAAAUCUUCUGGCAGAAGAUGAAGACGUAGUGGAUGAGCUCUACCUGGAUUUCAUGGUCAAAGACCAAGAGCUCAUUUCAAAUGGAGCUCAAACUCCAGUGACCAAAUUUAACAGACAGAAGUAUGUGGAUUUGUAUGUGGAUUUCAUUUUCAACAAGUCAGUGAAGAAUCAGUUCGAGCAGUUCUCUGCAGGUUUUUCUGAAGGCUGUCCCAUCAACGCCUGGAAAAUAUUUCACCCUGAAGAACUCAGAGAAGUUGUUUACGGUUCUCCUCUAUAUAAGUGGGAAGACCUUCAGAAGGGUGCUACAUAUGAACACUGUUCUCCCUCUGAUGAGCUGAUCCAGAAUUUCUGGACUGUUUUCUUCGAGUUUUCUGAAGAACAGAGAAAGACAUUUCUUUUUUUCAUGUAUGGAACGGACCGUGUACCUGCUGGAGGUCUCUCAAAGGUGACCCUGAAGAUUAUGCAGUUGAACAGUCCUGAUUCAGAUGAUCGUUUCCCAGAAGCUCAGACCUGUUUUGGCACAUUAUAUCUUCCCAAAUACAGUGACAUCGACACACUUCGUAACAAGCUUAUACAUGCUGUCAGCUUUUGUGAGGUUUUUGGACGGGAAUGAAAUUCCCUCUCCAGAAUAUACAUUGUCAGUUGUUCAGCAUUACUGAUCAUGACUUUCAUGAACUGGGUAAUUUAAAUAUAUGCAAUGAGAUGUGUGCAAUAUAGAUUACUUGAGGUCGCAGGGUUGCAAAAAAUACUGUACUAUAUAAGUAUCAACCAAUCACUUUACUUUAUAUAAGAAUGCCCAUCAAUGGAGUUAUGUUUUAACAUAAUAAUAUGAUGUAGGUGCUUCUGUUCUCUUUUUAUAUUAUCCAUAUGCGUUAAUUGUGCGUUUCAGACACCUCGGAUUUAGAAUAGGCCUGGGUUAUAUUCAAUUUUUAAUAGUGGUUGGAUUUAUUAGCAAUUAGAGUAUUAGAAUGCGUAUUCUAUAUCACAGCAAAUAUUAGACUAGUCACUAGUGUAAAAUGCAUUACUGCAUUCAUUUUUGUGUACUGUGAAAUAAAGACACCGCUUU